CUUUUUGUAACUUGACAGCUGGACGGAUCCAGAUGGAUGUCCUGCAGGAACACUGAACUCCUGGCGCAAUCAAACUUCUUUCCCAGGUCUGCUUCUCACCCAGCUAUGCAGCUCCAGGAGUGGUUGCGUUCGCUUUCCUCCCAUGCAGAACUCAAAGGGUCUAAAGCCGAGGAGCUGUGGAAUCUCCUGCCGUCCCUGCCGUCCUUAUCCACCUCCUCUCUGCUGGGUUUAGGAGCGGUGGCGUCCCUCACUGUGUACUGGCUGCUGACCCGACCUCGGCCCAUGCGUCCUCCCUGUGAUCUACAAGCCCAGUCUGUUGCUGUCGGCGGAGAUCCCAGCUGUAGGAGAUCUGCUCUCCUUAAAGAUGAUAACCUGCUGGAGUUUUACUACGAAGACAUUAGGACCGUGUACGAGAUGUUCCAGAGAGGUCUGAAGAUCUCAGGAGACCGUCCAUGUCUUGGCUACAGGAAGCCAGGCCAGCCCUACGAGUGGAUCUCCUACUCUCAGGUGGCUCAACAGGCCCAGUGGAUGGGGAGCGGCAUGAUUGCCAAAGGUUGCCAAGAGUUUGUUGGGGUUUACUCCACAAACAGACCAGAGUGGGUCAUUUCAGAGAUGGCCUGUUACACAUACUCCAAAGUCCUGGUGCCUCUUUACGACACGCUGGGGCUGGAGGCUAUGGUCCACAUCCUUAACCUUGCUGAGAUGUCCAUAGUUGUUUGCGACCGGGAGGAGAGGGCAGCGCUGUUGCUGGAGUGCAAGGAGAAAGGCAUGACUCCCAAGAUCUCCUGCCUGGUUCUGUUUGAAGACUUCAGCCAAGCCUUUGGGGAGAGGGCCAAGAAGUGUGCGGUGGACGUUCUGAACCGGGAGCAGCUCAUGGAGCUGGGAAAACAGAACCUCAAAGAUCCUGUGCUGCCCCAGCCUCAGGAUCUGGCAGUAGUUUGCUUCACCAGUGGAACCACAGGGAAGCCCAAGGGAGCCAUGAUCACCCACGGGAACAUCGCCUCCAAUACUUCCUCUGUCAUUAAGAUCCUGGAGGGUUCCUUUGUAAUCCAGCAAGACGACGUGUCGAUCUCUUACCUGCCUCUUGCCCACAUGUUUGAGAGGAUGAUCCAGCUCACAAUGUACUGCUAUGGAGCCCGAGUGGGAUUCUUCCAGGGGGACAUUUCUCUUCUAAUGGAUGACAUUAAAACCCUCAAACCGACCCUCUUCCCUGUUGUGCCUCGUAUUCUUACUCGCAUCUACGAUAAGAUCCUGGGCUCUGUGACCUCUCCGUUUCAGCGGGCUCUGCUUCACUACGCCGUCAGGAGAAAGCAGGCCGAGCUCCGCAGAGGGAUUAUACGGAACGACAGUCUGUGGGAUAAACUGGUGUUCAACAGAAUUCAGGCCAGUUUAGGAGGUAACCUCCGGUUUGCCUUGACUGCCUCAGCACCCAUCUCCUCCACCGUUUUGUCCUUCCUCAGAGCCACGAUGGGCUGUAUAAUAUGUGAGGGCUACGGACAGACGGAGUGCACCGGAGGCUGCACUUUCUCUUUGAUAGGCGACAGCAGCACAGGUCAUGUUGGAGCUCCUUUACCGUGCGCCAUGGUAAAGGUGGUGGACAUCCCUGAGAUGAACUACUUUGCUAAGAAUGGAGAAGGAGAGAUCUGUAUCCGUGGCCCCAGUGUAUUCAAAGGUUAUCUGAAGGACCCAGAGAAGACAGCGGAGGCCUUGGACAGUGAUGGCUGGCUGCACACCGGAGAUGUGGGCCAGUGGCUUCCGAACGGCACGCUGCGCAUCAUCGACAGGAAGAAGCACAUCUUUAAGCUGGCCCAGGGUGAGUACAUCGCUCCAGAGAAGAUAGAGAACAUCUACCUGCGUUCGGUUCCUGUGCUCCAGGUUUUUGUGCAUGGAGACAGUUUACAGUCCUAUGUGGUGGGCAUAGUUGUGCCUGAUCGAGAGGUGUUUGUUGAAUGGGCUAAGGAGAGGGGCUUUGAGGGGUCCUACCAGGAGCUGUGCCAGAACCCUGAUGUAAAAAAUGCCAUCCUAGAAGACAUGAGAGCAUUGGGGAAGGAGGCCGGGCUAAAGUCCUUUGAACAGGUGAGGGAUCUUUAUUUACAUCCGGAGACGUUCAGCGUCGCUAACGGCCUUCUCACGCCCACCCUAAAGAGCAGGCGCGCCGACAUCCGCAGAGUGUUUCAAGAGCAGCUGGCGAACAUGUACAAGAGUCCACAUUAGCAGAACAGCUUAGGGUCAGCAGAGGGGGAAGCUGUCAGCGGUACCUGAAGAAUGUUAGUGUUUUAACUCCACUUUGAUCACAUCGUAUUCAGAUGCAUUUCUGGUCAGUCCAUCCAAGCAUCAGAUCAAAAUGCUCCUUCAUGAUCUCACUGUCAUCUCUAAUCUGUCCACAUAGUUCGCCUGAGAUGUUAAUGGGAAGAGGUGUUAUUUGUAGAGAACCGAAUUACAAAAGAUGUCACCUUCGGAUAAAGUUUAUUUAAUUCACAAUGUACUUCUUUUCAGGAGAUUUUUAAGAAGCUAAGUGUACCGGGGACAUUUGCUGAUUAAAGGUGAAUUACCUGUAGGUUUCUGUUGUACAGUUGUUGGGGAAUCAAAUGAGCAUGGCGUACAUUACUAACCAAAAGUAUUCAUACCCCUUGAAUACUUCAGUUUUCACUAAGUUACAUCCUUAAAUUAUAUUGUAUUUUAUUGGGACUUGCAUCACACAGCAAUGAAUUACACCGUUCUUACACAUUUAUCACAGAGUUCAGGUUUUUUUUUGUCUGUUUUGAAAUUUAGAUAUAAACAGUCGACUGUUCACUUUUUACACAUCAAGUAUUUCAACUUAAUUGAUUUUAAGAACUUAGGGCCCGUUUUGAAAUUCUAAAAUAAAUGGAUCCGGAAGCUCAAAAAUCAAAAUGUCCAAAAAUCUAAAGGUCCUGGUUAAAUUACGAGUUGAUCUAAUAAAGGUAUUACAAACUAUAUAUGUAUAUUCAUCUUUUCGAAGUUAUAGAACAACAAAGUUUGAAAAUGUUGAGUUUUUAUUUUUUUUUUCAUUAUUAUUAUAUACUUUCACAGCUGUUCAAGAUUACAUGGGAACCUUGAAAGGAAAAGGAUGCACGGUUUUAGUUUUAAGAAUAGAAAUGUGAAAACUGGUGUUUAUGUUCAGCUUCCUCUAAAUCAAUAGUUAGGCUUGUUUGGCUGUGACUUUAGCUCUGUCAGUUUUACAUCAGAUGGACAUUUUCUUCUGUUAUUCUUUGAAAACUAUCAGACAGAAACGAGAACGUCUUUGUUGUUGAUCUAGUGACAGACCAAUUUCCUUGUAUUAAGCUCAGUCCAUCAUUAACUGAUGAAAAACAUUCACGCAGCAUGAUGCUGCCACCACUAUGUUCCUCCCUGUGGGUGUUGGGUGAUCAGAAUGCUAGUUUUGUUUUAAUCAUGCCACCUUUUAUUGCAUUGCAAUUAAAUGGUUGAAUUUGGCUGAAUACAUAUGUACUCUUUAGUUUUCAAUAAAGCAGGUAAAGCCAAAUCUUUCUUUAGUUUUUAAAAAUAGAAACUGUUUAUCACUGCAAGCCCAAUUAAAUGUAAAUUUUUGGCUGCAACGUUGAACUGUUUAAGGGACAUAAAUUCUUGUUUAAUGUUUGUUUCUGCUAAUUGGUCAUGCUUGUGACUAAGAUAUUUUAAGCUAAACUUUUGAGAAUAAAUCAUUUCAAUCUGCAAUGAUUUUAGAAAUAAAAAACUGUUAAAACUG